AGCGCGCACACGCACACCCUGCGCCCCUUACUUUUCGGGCGCACGCACACGCGCUCUGACGCACUCACACAGACACGCACACAGAUCAGGAGGAGAGGGAAGGAGAGAGAGAGAGCUCUUGUUUUAUUCGCCUCCAACUUCUUCUCGUGUCUUUGCUUCUUUUUCGUCUUUCUGCGUCUCCUCAUCCACCGAUGCGAGGAUUUCUUCUUCUCUGUUGUUUUCACCGUUGAACUGAGGGAAACCACUUCAGCCAACGCACGGGAGCAUGUGAGAUAACCCGCAGCUUCAACCAAGAAGAAGAAGAAGAAGAAGAACGGAACCAGAACUCAGAGAAAUGGAUAAACGGAGUUACUGCCUCGCGCUGCCGGCCGCGCUGCUCUACUUUGGACUUGUGGGAUUUACCGCUGGACAGUUCUUUCCAGGCGGCUGCACCUUCGAGGAGUCCUACAGCGGCUGCGGCUACAGCGUGUCUCUGGGAACCAAUGGAUUUACCUGGGAACAAGUCAACUCCUGGGAGAAGCCCACCAUGGACCCGGCCCUGCCUACUGGUUCCUUCAUGGUGGUGAACGCGUCGGGUCGGGCCUCAGGACAGAAGGCUCACUUCUACAUGCCCACCCUGAAGGAGAACGACACCCACUGCAUCGACUUCCUCUACUCGCUGUCCAGCCGCGACGGAGCCAGCCCAGGAACACUCAACGUCUACAUCAAGGUGAAUGGAGGUGCUCAGGGAAACCCGGUGUGGAACGCCUCUGAUACCGUCACUGAAGGCUGGGUGAAGGCUGAGCUGGCUAUUUCUACCUUCUGGCCCAACUCCUAUCAGGUGAUCUUUGAAGCCGUGUCCGUCCAGGGACAUCCAGGGUUCAUCGCUGUGGACGACAUACGUGUCCUGGCCCACCCCUGCCGUAAAGCUCCUCACUUCCUGCGUCUGCAGAACGUGGAGGUGAACGUGGGUCAGAACGCCACGUUCCAGUGCACCGCCGGAGGGAAGUGGUCCCAGCACGACAAGCUGUGGCUCCAGCAGUGGAACGGCCGGGACACGGCCCUGAUGGUGACCCGGGUGGUGAACCACCGGCGCUUCUCCGCCACGGUCAGCGUGGGCGACACGUCCCAGCGCAGCACGAGCCGCUACCGCUGCGUCAUCCGCUCGGACGGCGGCUCGGGGGUGUCCAACUACGCCGAGCUCAUCCUCCGCCCACUUCCCAUCGCCCCCCCCGAGCUGCUGGCCGUCGGCGCCACCUACCUGUGGAUCAAACCCAACGCAAACAGCAUCAUCGGCGACGGGCCCAUCAUCCUGAAGGAGGUGGAGUACCGCACCACGUCGGGGAACUGGGCGGAGAGCCACGUGGUCGACGCCCCCACCUACAAGCUGUGGCACCUGGACCCGGACGUGGAGUACGAGAUCAAGGUCCUGCUCUCCAGACCCGGGGAGGGGGGGACGGGGGCCCCGGGGCCGCCGCUGGUCACCAGGACAAAGUGCGCAGUCGUGCAGCUCUCACUCGGAAUCUCUUGCCUGACUCUAACUAUGCAGAAGGAGCUGGUGCAGACGUCUACAGACGUAGUGAUGUGGAGUGAUGAUGCUCCGUCGGCUCUGAUUGGCUCAUCUGAAGCUUCAUCGCCAGGCUCGCUGGAGAACAAGGGGAAAGUUAGGACCUUCAGAUGA